AUGGUCAAGGCCACGGCUCUCGUCUUCUUCCUCGGCGCCCUCCUCCUCAGCCACGCGCAAACUGGUGAGAGCCAGCCGAACUGCACCUUCUCCGACGUGAGGUUCGCGGUGGAGAGGACGGGGAAGGCGGUGGGCGGCCAGCCGGAAGACCGGGUGACCUUCUCAACGGCGUGCCCGUGCAAGCUGACCGGCGUGCGCGUGUGGUGCGACGGCGUGCAGGACGGGCCCGAGCAGCUGGACGAGAGCAAGGUGGAGUUCGACGACGGGAUGUGCGUGCUCAGGCAGCCCAUCGCCGCCGGCUCGCCGCUCUCCUUCACCUACACCUCCAGGACGCCGGUGAACUUCCGGCUGUACAGCGCCACCGCCGACUGCUGA